GGCAGCCCAAGGCCCAAGAAAAACAAAAGGGCGGGGUGUCGUAUGCAUUCGAACUGAACUGAGCGCUUUUUUUGCGUUGGCGUUGGCGGCCACUGAAUCUCAUGACUUAUCUGUCACACCUUCUUCUUCUUCCACUCUCACUUGUUACUUCUUCUGUUACCUUCUCUGUUUCAUCAUGUCAACUUCGCGCGAGGAUCAACCUUCUCAAUUCAAAUUCCAGCUAUUGCAUUCCCCUUCCCAUUUCCCUCAUCCUCAUCCCCACUCUCUCUUUCCUAAUUUCCCCUCUAGUCAAAGGUAUGAACUCAAUAAUUUCAAGUCUCACAUAAGUAAUAUCGAAGUAGCUCCUGGCAUGAUCACAACAGUUAAUCUUCCUCCCGCUUCAGUUCGAACCGAGCCUAGCAUAAGAGGAAAGCAUAAUGGGAAAACAAAAGCUUCAAAAAAUGCAAAGUCUGGGACACAAAGACCAACUGCCGAUUCCCCUAAUUUGACUGCAGUUAACAACUGUCGUUAUGACAGUUCCUUAGGACUGUUAACCAAGAAAUUUGUCAGCUUGAUCCAGGAUGCUAAGGAUGGCACCCUGGAUUUAAAUAAAACCGCUGAGAUCUUAGAGGUUCAGAAAAGGAGAAUUUAUGACAUUACAAAUGUACUUGAAGGGGUAGGAUUGAUAGAGAAAACUUCAAAGAAUCAUAUACAGUGGAAAGGAUGUGAUGGACAUGGGCCACGAGAACUCGGAGACCAAGUUAACAGUCUAAAGGCUGAAGUUGAAAGUCUAUAUGCUGAGGAAUGCGAACUUGAUGAUUGUAUAAGGAAAAAGCAGGAGCUUCUGAGAGACCUGGAGGAAAAAGAAAGUUCUCAAAAGUACCUUUUUUUGACCAAGGAAGAUAUUCUUAGUCUUCCAUGCUUCCAGAAUCAAGAAAUUAUUGCAAUCAAGGCUCCAAAAGCUAGUUUCAUUGAGGUCCCUGAUCCAGAUGAGGAAUUAGGUUUCCGGCAAAGGCAAUACAAAAUGAUUGUUAGAAGUGCCACUGGACCAAUAUAUUUGUAUCUCUUGAGCAAGGACGAUCGCAAGUUUGAGGAUGAUAGUGUCAAGCGGGUGAAAUUAAUGGAUCCAUCAUGGAAUAGAGAUCACUACAGAAACAUGGGUGUGGAAUUAUUAGAAAGCCAAGAUGAUGAAAAAAAUCCUUCUGAGAAUUUCAGUUUGCAGGGGUCACAAGCAUUUGGAAUUCAAGAAAUUGCUCACACGGGUUUUGAAAUGGAAGAUGACUAUUGGUUUCAAUCAGAUCCUGGAGUGAGCCUAACAGAAUUGUGGGCCAAUGAGCAGUUGGGUUAUAUAGAUGAGCUUCAAGAAGAUUAAUCCAACAAGGGGUGUGGAUUUUCUAGAACACAAGCUUCAGUGACACAUAUGAUCAACAUGUAAGAGAUAGACGGCUAAUUGUUCCAGAUGACACAGAAAGUACAUUUCAAACUGUAAAUUUUAGCUUUUUUAUUUUUUAUUUUAUCAGCAAUUGCCUCUUAACUACGAUAUUUGUGUCCAAGUCCCACAGUGUAACUUAUGAAUGAAUAAGGUUGAAAUAUAACUUUUAAAUAAAGUGUUUCAAAUCUUCUAUAUA